CCGCAACACAGCUGACCCCGCCCCCUCGCUCUCUGAUUGGUCCAGCCGAAGGGGGCGUGCGCAUCAACAAGCGCUUCGCCCCGUUGUGAUUGGCCGCCGUCCCGCCGCUCAGCCCGUUGCCAGGCGACCCGCUGGCUCGCUGCUCGUCACCGGAGCCGCAACGCGACCACCUCGCUGGUGGGUGGAGGCUCGAGGGGCCCGGUACCGACGCGUCUCCCGGAGCACGGACCCGGUGAGGAGCUCCACCGAUCACCUCCCGAGGACCGACGGCAUGUGGACCUCUCCGCGGCCCGAGGCGGCCGGCUUCAGGUGACCACGGGAGGAGGCGACGGCCGGCCGCCUCGCGUGUAGCCGGACCGAGCUCCUCACGCCGCUCCUCCUUUUGACUUCAUGAAGAUCCCUGACAUCGGUGAUGUGAUGAAUAAAUUCGAGGUCCUUGGGAUUGUGGGUGAAGGUGCCUACGGUGUCGUUCUGAAGUGCCGACACAAGGACACCAAUGAAAUCGUGGCCAUAAAGAAGUUCAAGGACAGCGAAGAAAAUGAGGAGGUCAAAGAGACGACGCUGCGGGAGCUGAAGAUGCUGCGCACGCUGAAGCAGGAGAACAUCGUGGAGCUGAAGGAGGCGUUCAGGCGGCGCGGGAAGCUGUACCUCGUCUUCGAGUACGUGGAGAAGAACAUGCUGGAGCUGCUGGAGGAGCUUCCCGACGGCGUUCCGGCGGACAAGGCGCGCUCCUACAUCUUCCAGCUGCUCCGGGCGAUCCACUGGUGCCACAAGCACGACAUCGUGCACCGCGACAUAAAGCCGGAGAACCUCCUCAUCAGCGCCGACGACAUCCUGAAGCUCUGUGACUUUGGCUUCGCCCGGAACCUCUCCGAAGGGACGGACGGCAAUUACACCGAGUACGUGGCCACGAGAUGGUACCGCUCCCCAGAGCUGCUGCUCGGCGCCCCCUACGGGAAGGCCGUGGACAUGUGGUCGGUGGGCUGCAUCCUGGGGGAGCUGAGCGACGGGCAGCCUCUGUUCCCGGGAGAGAGCGAGAUCGACCAGCUGUUCACCAUCCAGAAGGUUCUGGGCCCGCUGCCCCCGGAGCAGAUGAAGCUCUUCUACAACAACCCUCGCUUCCACGGGCUGCGGUUCCCAGCUGUGAAUCACCCCCAGACGCUGGAGCGCCGCUACCUGGGCAUCAUCGGCGGAGCGCUGCUGGACCUGCUGAAGAACCUGCUGCUGCUGAACCCGACGGAGCGCUUCCUCACCGAGCCGAGCCUGAACCACCACGCCUUCCAGACCCUGCGGCUCGUGGAGCGGCCCGGCCCGCCCACGCCGACCCCGGUCCGCUCGUCCAAGAGGAAGCCUCACCACGGAGACAACACCACGCCCAGCAGGAGCCAUGUUGGGGCUAAGAGCUCCGGGGGCCACCGCUCCAGCAGCAGAGAGUGCUCCAGCCUGCCCCGGCACGAGGACCUGCACCCCGGCGCCGACGGCUUCCUCAACGGCAACAUGCCGACGGCCGUCAGCCCCACGCUGCACCCCAAAAGCUACGCGCCGCCGCUCUUCAACCACGUGGACCUGGCCAGCAGCAACCUGCCCCACCUGCUGAGCCCCGCCGAGGCCAAGAGCAAAGGGGACCCGGGGCCCAAGGGGUCCGACGGGCCCGGAGCCAAGUACCUCAAGUCCAACUUCCGUUCGCACCAGAACCGCCACUCCUUCGUGGAGGGGAAGACCAACACGCUCCAAUCGGGGGAGAAACACGGGCGCCACGGCUACACGGAGUCCCACGGCUCCACGCCGUCCUCCAGGUUCUCCUACCUGAACCUGCCCAAGAGCCACGGCACGCUGAGCGACGCCAAGUCGGUGGGCGACCUGAACGACGUGCACCUCUACGCCGACGAGCCCGCGUCGCACUACAUCCCCUCCAGCUGCCUGGACCUCACGGCGCCGAGCAGCCCGGCGCCGCGCCGCGCGGACCGAGGGAGCGCUCGCUCCGAGAGAGAGAGCAACACCCUGGACUCGUCCCACCGGCGCUCCUCCGCCCGCCACAAGGCCUCAGAGGAGGCCAAGGCGGCGGACGUCCUGGCGCCGCCGGACGGCGCGGCGCCGGAGAGGAGCCACGCCCACUCCCUCUCCGCCCCGCACGACCCGCUGGCGUACGGCCAGGGCUACACCAGCCCCUUCUCCUCCCAGCAGCGGCCGCACCGCCACUCCAUGUACGUCCGGCGGGACCACCAGAGGACGCACGGGGCGGAGGAGGGGCUGGCGGUGGCGGCGGGCGGGCCCACGCGGGCCAGCAGCCUCCAGCUGCUGUCGCCGCAGCUGCAGCACCGAACGCUGCCCCGCCGCGAGGGGGGCGGGGCCUCCAGGGAGGACCUGAGCCGGGUUGGCUUGUAUCACGACCAGCAGACAGAAGAUGGAGGCUCGUCCAAAGAGAACCGCAACAUCUACAGCGAGUCCAUGCCGAGGAGGGGGGGCAGCUUCUACAGAGUCCCGUCUCCACGGCCCGACAACUUCCACGACGGCCGAGCUCCGAGCCGGAGCGCCGGGCUGUCGGGGGAUGGCGGGGGCGUGGCCAAAAACUCCAAACGUCAGCCGGCGUUCGACCCCUGGACCGGCCCAGACACCGUGGUGCUGAACCCGUCCGAGCCGUCCAAGGAGAAGGAGAAGCAGGGCUUCUUCAGGGCCAUGAAGAAGAAGAAGAAAUCUCAAAUGGGUCCCGGUGACGGGGGGGACCCGGUCCUCCAGAAGUCCUCCAGGUCCUCCGGUCACCAGAGCAGCCGCCACAGGACCCGGGACAAGAGCCGGGACCGGGACCGGGACCGGGACCGGGACCGGCCCCCUGACUCCCACAGCUCUAGUCAGCCUCUGAAGUCUCUACGCAGACUGCUGCACCUCUCGUCCUCCAACCCGCCGCCGGCCCCCGACCUGCGCUACCCGCCGGCCCUCGAGGGGCGGGGCCACGUGGGGGUCGAGGGGCGGGGCCUCGCCACGCCGCAGCUGAAGAGCCGGCAGGCGGCCUUCCCGCUGCCGGGCCGCGCCGAGGGGAACCCCUACCCCGAGCAGCUGGGCCCCAACGGGCACGGCUUCGGACGCCCCAACAGGACCCGCAUGCCCAACCUCAACGACCUGAAGGAGACGGCCCUGUGACCUCCAGGACCAGACGGCCCUCUGCUCCUACACCCCGAGUGUAACACACACACACACACACACACAUGAACACACACAUGAGCACACACACACACAUGAACACACACACACAUGAACACACACACACACAUGAACACACACACACAUGAACACACACACAUGAACACACACACACAUGAACA